GACUUGGUUGGCUACUAUUCCAGGCUAUGAGCGAAAUUGGUGUUUUUGAGUGCCAUUUCUGUGUGUCUGUUGGCUAAAGAAAGAUGGCACUCUUGCAAAUUUCACAAGUUGUGUUUCCCAGAUUGUUCCCCAUUAAACUCCCACUGUACCCAAUGUUUCCUUCCCUAUCAAUUUCUGCCUCAUCCCCUGCUCUUCGCCGCAACCCCUUUUCGUUCUGUUGCUGUAGCUGCAGUUUCAGCUCCGAUUCUUCUGCGGAAUUCAUUACCACUUCUUCAGCUAAAGUCUUCAUUAAAGGGCUUUCUCUGUCAACUUCUGAAGGACUUUUGUUUAAGGCAUUCUCAGAGUUUGGUGAAAUUAGUCAAGUAAAGCUGCUCAUGGAUAAAGAAUCUGGGCAGUUCCUAGGCAUCGCACAUAUUUGGUUUGCCAGGGAAGAGUCUGCACAAUUGGCUGUGGAAAAGAUGAAUGGAAAGUUCUUCAAUGGAAGGUUUAUUUAUGUCAGAGUCUCAAAGCCUGGAUCAUCAAAAAAUCGGAGGAACAAAGCUCCGUACAAGUUUUGAUCUGCUGAGCUCUAUUUCUUUGCCAACGAGCAAGUGUAAAUGUUUUGUGAAGAACAGCUUUAGUUUGUGAGCUAAAUUUUUAGCGCGUGCGCUUUGAUAAUGCUGAUAUGUGAGGCACCUUUAGUUUUGGUGUUAUUUUCUCUGAUUAUGAGAAGCGGUACAAUAUGCUUCAUUUUUGUCUAUGGCCUUUUAUAUGAUAUGUUUUAAUGAAGUCAGUGAGCCUAUUUUCUUA